CAAAAAUGUCAGAAACGCACGAUUUUCAAUUUAUUUUGCCCGAAAAAAACAAUGAUUUGCUCAAUUCACGAGGUGAUCAGUUCUAUGUACAACAGGUAUACACCCCGACCGAAAUACCAGAUCAAUUAGUUGCAUGUAAAAGUAAAGUACAUCAGCGUGAUCCGUUCUACAUAUUCGAACACUUUGAUGUCUACUAUUCAAUAAUAGAACAGUCAGCCAACGAUGGCGCUGCCAUACGCAAUCUUAUGCGCGCGUUCGAUCUUCUUUAUUUGACAGUGGACAUAUUGGGCGGUCAGCUAACGCCGCUGUUGACUGCGGCAGAGUCACCCUCGUCACAGGAUCGUGGACGCUAUUUGAAUCUGACCAAAAUGACACUGUAUCUGUUCGUCAAUACGGUUAAGCGCAUCGAUGUCAUAGUUCAGCAAGUGCUGCGAGAUCAGAAGCUAAAUCAGCAGAAGAAACGCGCAAAACAAGCUGAGGUCCUGGAACAGUAUCCCGAUUGGGAGGUAAAGCGUAGCAAGUUUUUGGUGCAACUCUACAAUGUUAUGCAGUGUCCGCUGGAGAAGCUCUGGAGUCCGCCCGUUGUCGAGGAAACUUUUGUAACCUUGAUGUGUGAUAUUUGCUAUCGUACUUUGGAAGUGGUACAGCCUAGAUCGGAGAAUCGUCAUAUUAUUGAUACACUCUUUCAAAUUUUUGGCCUCGCCAUCAAACGAUAUAAUCAUGCCAUCACAUUCCCGGCCCGUAUUCUUCAAAUUCUGCGAAGCACGGAGCAUGCUGCAACUGCCGUGGCGAAUGGGAUUUUGCUGCUCUAUGAGGAAUAUGGCAUUACAACAGUUUUCUCCAUACUGAUGAAAGAUAUCGCGGAUGCCCUCACGAUGGACACAUCGGAUACGACAGUGUCGCGAAACUUCUCAAAUUUUCUCUCCGAAUUCUCGUUGAUUGCACCCAAGUUGAUGAUACCGCAUCUGUCCAAGCUGGGCGACGAACUGCUUAACUGCGAGUCGCACGUUCUGCGCAACUGUGUGCUGCAGAUCAUGGGCGAUGCGGUUGUUAGUGAGCUGACUUCCGAGGAUCUUAGUGAUGACAUGAAGGAGGCACGCGAUGAGUUUCUCAACAAUUUGUUGGACCACAUCAACGAUAUAUCGGCACAUGUGCGCUCUAAGGUAUUGCACAUCUGGCAUCACAUGAAGGAGCAGCACGCCAUUCCACUCACCUAUCUGAUCAAAGUUCUGCGCGAGGCCGUCUGCCGGCUGGAGGAUAAGAGCUCCAUGGUGCGCAAAUCGGCCAUACAACUGAUCAAAGCAUUUCUUGAAAACAAUCCGUAUUCGGGCAAGCUAACGCUUGAGGAGCUAAUGAAAAAGCACGAGACUGAAGUGGAAGUGAUGAAACAGUUGGACGAUGUGAUAGCCGAUGAACGCAAGAAGGCGGAAGAUUUUAACGAACAAUGGGAAUCCAUAACGCCGGAGCUGAUACCCAUUAUUGAGGAAAACCUAAGAGACUUUCCCGAAAUGCAAUUUGAUAAGGAGGAGGAAUACGAGCAGCUGGUGCAUAAGAUUUUGCCGGUGCUGUUGGAAAAGAAGUACAAGGAGGCAACAGUGCUGGUGCGCAAGGCAGACUAUGUAAUGGGUAAUCAAGAAUUGAGUCGAUUGUUGAAGCCUGAUGAGGCUUGUGUCUAUCAUUUGGGUCUAUUUAAGACAUUUCUAUCCCUAGCCAAUGGCUGCAUUGAUAGUGGCGAGAAAAUGCUGCAGCAAAUCAAAACUGUUGAAUUUCUUAAGGAUAGCAUUGAGUUCACGCAUGUGGCUACAUCGGCAAUGCCAAAGAUGCUCGAAAUGUUGCUAUCCAAAACGAAUACGGACGUCUUCGAGGCCGUGGAUCUCUUUACGACGGGCUACCUGUUUGGCAUACGCGGCACCGAUGUGGGCAUGCAGCGUAUGUUGAAUCUGGUGUGGUCAUCGGACAAGGAGAAACGUGAUGCCGUCUGUAAUGCAUAUCGCAAGGUGCUCUUCACCACAGACACCACGGGACGGGCGCACGCCAUCAAGGUGGUGAAGAAUCUGUCCAAGUUCCUGUCCGAAGUCGAGUAUGGCCAUUAUACGGCCAUGGAAACACUGAUGGGUGAAUGGGUGGGCAGCGAAGAUAUCGAUGCGCUCAUCAUUCAGGUGCUUUUCGAACGCUUCACCCUUAAACUGGAGGGCACCACAAAAAAUGAGUCUCGGCUCGCACUGCAGCUCUUAAUUAUGGCAUCGCAGACGAAGUCAACGAUUGCAUCGGCAAAUCGUGUCCUCAUCGAAGACAUUGCGACGGGAGAGCGUGCUGAACAGGAUCCGCGCAUCUUUACCAGCUGCCUGCAACUGCUGGUUAACUGCAUCGAUGCCAACUACAACAACAAAUAUUAUAAGCGUUGCGCGACCAAUUCAAAAUUUGUGCAGCAAAUAACGAAUCUAUUCCUGCAGUUCUUCUUUCAUCCCCAAGUGCCGGACUUUGAUGCACUGGCGAUGAGCGUGUUCGAGUAUUACUAUCGCAUCUGCCAGGCGCCCGAUGUGCUCGCCGGAAAUAUUGCGAUGGAGCUGAUUAGGCGCUUCAAUGAUGACUGGCUGGUGCGGUCGGCAGCAGCUACGGAGGAGUCCGCGCCGCCCACACAGGGCACUGAUAUACCCCACUCCCAAGAAUUGCCUCAGACGCAGACACAGACGCAGUCCAAUGACGCUGAUGGUCCACCUCCGAAAAUGCCUGUUUAUUUGGUUUCACGGUUUGUGUUCUGCAUUGGCUUCAUGAUCAUCAAGGAGAUGAUAUUUCUGGACAUGGAUGUCUACAAUAACAUGAAAUUUCGCGAGGAGCUGACGGCCCUCGAGGAGAAGAAGAACACAAAGAAUGCGAUCAGUGCACACCGCCGACAAACUGUGAAUGUCUCAGCGAUGGAGGCGCGGAAGCGUCUAUCCGGAGUUGCUGCCGAACCGCAACAGGAGCCAGAUGAUGAUUUAGUGGGUGCAACGGCUGAGGAUAACAUUGCCGAGGAUAUUAAUGCCAUAUGCGAGGACAUGCUGCUGUAUGAACCAAAUGCCCUAAUGUCCAAAGUCUAUCCAAUUAUCAUUGAUAUAUGCAAGCGGCCGGGAGAGUAUCGUGAUCAGCAGCUGCAGCAGGCAGCCACAUUGACGCUGGCGCGCCUGAUGACCGUCUCGUCCAAGUUCUGCGAGACGAACAUGUCCUUCCUCAUGAACAUCCUGAACUUGACCAAAAAUUUGAAGAUCAAAUGCAAUACGGUUGUGGGUCUAUCAGAUCUCACAUUCCGUUUUCCAAACAUCAUAGAGGCUUGGACGGGGCACUUUUAUGCCCAGAUGUAUGAGAGUGAUACCGAGUUGCGAUUGACAGCCGUAAAGAUGCUCUCCCAUCUCAUCCUGCACGAAAUGAUACGCGUCAAGGGACAGAUAGCCGAUAUCGCUGUGUGCAUUGUCGAUGAGAGCGACGAGAUUAAGAAUAUAACCAAACAGUUUUUCAAGGAGAUUGCCAACAAAUCGAAUAUAUUGUAUAACGUACUGCCCGACAUUAUAUCCAAGUUGGGCGACAUCAAUUUGCAACUGGAAGAGGAGAAAUAUCGUACCAUUAUGCGCUACAUCCUGGGACUCAUACAGAAGGAUCGCCAGAUCGAGACCCUAGUGGAGAAACUCUGCCUCCGCUUUCCGGUCACUCGCGUUGAGCGCCAAUGGCGCGACAUUGCCUACUGUCUCGGGCUGCUCACCUACAAUGAGAGAUCCAUCAACAAGCUCAUUGAUAAUGUGCAACAUUUCCGGGACAAGGUGCAGGUGGACGAGGUCUAUCAGUCCUUCAAGCUGAUCAUUAGCAACACUUCCAAGCUAGCCAAGCCCGAACUGAAGGCAGUUGUCACCGAGUUUGAGACUCGCUUAAACGAAUGCCUUCAAGUCACCGAACCGAACGGUAAUCAACCCGCCGAAGGAUCUCAGCCUGGAUCUCAGCGUGCCACCAAAACGAAGAAAGGCGGAAAACCGGCUGCGAAACAGCAACGUGGACGCCAAUCAGUCAAAGUCGCCGCCAACAACACCCGACGUGGACGAAAUGUGCGAAAGGAGAGCAGCUCCGAGGAGGAGGAGGAGGUGGAGACCAGUGCCUCCGAAAGCGAUGAGUCUCCGGCUCGUCCGGCCGCACAUUCAAAGCAACAGCGUCGCAAGAUUGCAGCCCUCUCGUCCAGCGCGAGCGAAGACUCCGAAGAUGAGGAGGAGCUAGCAGCGCCAUCUAGGAAAACCCAAAGUUCACGGCGAUCACGCAAAUGAUAUUUUAGCUUGCAUUAUUUUUUGUAUAUUUAUA